UGUUUUAUUUAUUUAUUGUUCAAGGUCUGCUUUUUGUCAAUAUUUAUUUUUCAAUAUUUAUUUAUUUGUGUCCAAAUUUGUUUGAUCUUAAAUAAAAACAGGGAGCGUUUGGUGUCGUGUCCAAAACGAUAUAUUCCAAAUCAAAUUAAGAAUAUUAGUGUAAAAUGGAAAAAAAUACAAGGAUGGAAAAUAUUUACUUACUAUUCUUAAACAUUCUAAAAUGCAGAAAUGUACAGAAGUUUUUACACAGAGUAAUGGUACAGGGCGCAUUUGGCAUUACACUACGCCAUCUAGUGGCGCCAUCUGUGAAUUGCACGUGCUGGUGUGUACAAGUAGCCUGCGGAGCAGUCCGCUCGAACCAUUCUGUCAAUACAAGACUCGCUUGAGACACAUUGCGCAGGAAUAAAGCAAGAAGAGAGAUCCACCAAACCGAGAAAUUCACUUAAACCCAUUGAUGAACCAAGGGAUGGCUUUCACAACGCCUGCCGUUCAACUGCACUUCAAAACGUGUAUUCUUCUACUUUUAUGGGGUCUGGUAAUCGAAGCUGCCCCAGAGCAAGGGAGCCUGUACAUGUGGAUUGAUGCCAAUCAAGCAAGAAUAUUAAUUGGUUUUGAUGAAGAUAUUUUAAUAGUCUCUGAGGGCAAAAUGGCCCCAUUUACGCACGACUUCAGGAAAGCACAGCAGCGGAUGCCAGCAAUACCUGUCAAUAUCCACCACGUGAACUUCACCUGGAAAGCCACUGAUCAGGCUGAAUACUUCUAUGAGUUUCAAACUCUGCGUUCAUUGGAUAAAGACAUUAUGGAUGACCCUACCGUCAACGUCCCACUCCUAGGCACAGUGCCGCAAAAAGCUUCUGUGGUCCAGGUGGGCUUCCCAUGCCUAGGGGAUCAGGAUGGUGUUGCAGCAUUUGAGGUGACCAUCCUGGUCAUGGAUGCUGGGGGAAACAUCAUUCUGAGGACACCACACAAUGCCAUCUUCUUCAAGACCUGCCAGAAAGCAAAGUGUCCCGGCGGUUGUCGCAACGGAGGCUUCUGCAAUGAGAGGCAAGUGUGCGAGUGUCAGGAUGGUUUUUACGGAGUGCACUGUGAGAAAGCUCUGUGCUCCCCCAGAUGUCUGAAUGGUGGUCUGUGUAUGAGUCCGGGUGUGUGUAUAUGUCCUCCAGGUUACCAUGGACCCAGCUGUGAGAGAGCAAACUGCAGCACCACCUGUUUAAACGGAGGAACGUGUUUUCAUCCCGGGAAAUGCAUCUGCGCCGCUGGCUAUGAAGGGAGCCGCUGUGAGCUCAGUAAAUGUCGGCAGCCCUGCAGAAAUGGAGGCAAAUGUACGGGGAGGAACAAAUGCAAGUGCAGCAAGGGUUACCAUGGAGAUCUUUGCUCCAAAGCUGUCUGCGAGCCCAGCUGUGGAGCACACGGGACCUGUGUAGAGCCCAACAGGUGCGAGUGCAGGGAUGGUUGGCAUGGACGUCAUUGCAAUAAGAGAUUUCGUGGACUAGUAGUUUCCAACAGCCAGCGGGUUUCUGGUUCCAAGCACAAGGCACAGCCUGCAGCCGCAAGGGACGUUGUGGUAGCACCCGACUCCAAGCAUCCCUCCGACACCAACUAUGUGGUUUAAGCCUCUAAAUUUUGGCCGACGAUGUCUGGCCACCCCCCUUUCAACGUCGUCCUCCUCGGACCAAAGCUUUCAUCUUCCACUUCCGAUCCGACGCGACACUCCCGAACUGCUGCUUUAGGAGACCGAGAUGUUUUUGUAGCACGGUCACGGUGUCUUAUUUUACCGCACUGGUUCCUUUGAUAUAAUAUCUUCCACAGUUACCCUUCAUUUAGCUUCUGUACUGCAUUAACUAAGGGGAGUGAAUCAUUGGGUUGUUUGUAUGGUCUGGUGAACGUCUGUGAUGUGUGUGAGUAGCCCUGCGGUUUAGCUUCAAAUGUGGCGGUGAAUCACUUGUACAUAACUUCUUCUGUGUGUGGAUUCGGCUUUUCAUAAUUGCCAUGUUUGUCCGCUGCUCAAGGUUUUUACUUUGAAUGACUUUUAUUGUAAACAUGUUGUUGUCGUCGCUGCCUGUAUUAUUGUGGCUAACAUUCUGUUCUUUUAUUCGAAAUGACAUUUAUUUUGGUGAGGUUUCCGUGUCUAUCUAAAAUAUGUAUCUUAUUUGUGUUGUGUAAAAUUUAAAUAUAUAGAUUAUAUAUAGAGAGAUUAUACAUUAGUGUAGACCGCUUUUCAGUGUAUAUGCUUGAAGUUUUCGUUGUUAUGUAUAUCAAUGCACGUAAAGCUGCUCGUAGCCAAAAUCUAAAUUUUUUAUCCGUGUGACUUACAAAUAAAAUCUUCAGCUCUUUUCAUUAA